AUGUGUUCAUCUAUCGACGUUACUCCGUUCUCCACAUUGGUACAGCGUUGCGCAGAGCUCCAAGCAGCCAAGUCAGCAACCCUCUUCUCUGCACCUCAUGUCACGAGCGCCCAGGCAGCUGGCACCCGCAUCGUCCGCAUCGUCCUUCAUGCAGUGCUGCUGACGGGCUUACAGGCUCAACUACAGCACCAACAGGGAACCUCUUCUCGUCUUUCCCUGUCCAUCCAGCCACCCGAGGCCGAUGUUGCCCAGUGGAUCCCAGCCAGCCUCAACAUACCAACCGGGCUAGCGUCUCACCAAGAUCCUCGACAGCUGGUCGCCGGACCCUCUCUUGUCUUGGAGGUCUUGGAGCUGCUGGAGUCUGAGCACAGACUGGUUCUGCUCCAGGCAAUGCGAAAACACAAGAGCAAGAGGGGUUGGCAUCUCGAUCAGCCUCAUUCUCGUCCAAACUCUGCUCGUCUAGGUCCCAACUCCACUCCCUAUUACUCUAGCCCUCUCCAGUUCUCCCACUGCCCGCCCACUUUCUCCAUCGCCUCAUCGCCCUCUCAUCAAUCAAGCAUCGAGCCAUUCGCCGCACUUGCCAUCAAUACGCAAAAGGUAAGGAUUCGCCCCAUCAAUCUCAGCACAGAGCUUCCUCUAAUCUCGUUUCGGCCGCUCUCCUGCCUCCAGCUGGUACCAGAUGUACAGGGCCUGGCCAACUCAGCAGCUCGCUGCUUGCGCCAAGUCACCACUGUGCCCAUGGAGCUAGUUACCCGCAUGGUCUCAGAACUGGUCGUGUUUCACGGCGUGCUUUUCAAAUACUUCGGGGCCGAGUUCCUUAAUUAUUGCUGUCAGUGUUGGUGUAUCCCUGAUCUCUACCUCUUCCAAGUCACAAAGGUGCAAUCCACUUCACAACGUUAA